UGUAACGAUGCUUCAUCACAGAUACUUAUUACAGGUUCUUAUUCAGUCCAACUGAUGAUGCACUUUUGCACAUAGAGAAAUUAAGGAAUGAAGCAGACUCAUACACUGCAAUGCACGUUUGCACUCAAACAGAGUUAUGUUUUAGGCUGUCUUAUUUCUAUUCUGUUUUACUCUAUCCCUUGCUCUUAAUGGCAUGCAUAACAAUUGAAAAACUAUAUAGUUAAGAAAAGAUUCCAGUUGCACUGUUGUCUUGACCUCUGCAUGAUUUUAAUUGCAGUUGCAGGUAGGGGGUAGGCUUUGCAUGCUGGCUUAUUUAGACAUUUAAUUUAUAGACUGUCUGGUCUUAGAUUUUUUUUCUUCCCAUUCAUUUAUUCACUUCUAAUGUAACCUGUGAUGUUGUGCUCAGUAUUCUUAUGUUGAAGGUAAAUUCUGGCCCUCUGUGGAUAUGGGAAUAUGUGACCUGUGGUGUGUAAUGUGUGAGGUUGCACUCCAUUGGACACAUUCACAAGAAAAAAGAUCAUGAGUCAGGCUUGGAAGAGACAUGCAGACCUUCUUUCCUAGUAUCAGAUCAAGGACUUGUCAUCUGAAACAGACUGCAGCUCCAAAAUGACAACAAAACAAAGUUUGAUCAUACAUUGAUGAAGCGGAAAUCCGUGCAAGUGCAUACCCCUUCCGACAGCCAUAAUUUUCUCUUACUGUUUACUGAAGACGGAGAUGAGUUAAAAUAAUUUAAGUCAAUUUUCAUGGUUAAAAACAUCAAGCUGUUCAGUAAUUGGGAAAGAUUUAUGAUGCGACAGUGAGGAUAUAGAAAAAGUUUAUCCUAUUUCAACAGGCCCUGAGCAUCAAAGUUGCCCCGAUGACCAGUUUGAUAACUUUAAAAUGAAGACUGCAGGAAAUGUCAGUAGAUUAUAAUCUGCACUGCAAGAUCUUUCACGAGGGCACUGUUGUUAGCUAGUCAGUUCUGGAGGAAAUACAAAUUAAAGACACUUCCAAAGUAAUUAUUCAGCAUUUCAACUCUCCAUAUGAUCCUGAAGAGUGAAAAACAUUUUCAUUUGACCCUAUGAUGAGAUGUUAAAAGUUCAUGCAAAUAACCAAGACAUGAAUUUGUUCUUAAUACAAAUUCUCAGAUGCCAGUCAGCAUUGCUGUCAAAACCACAUGCAGUAUGGUGGUGUUGAGAUGCUGCUUUAAAAAUAUAGAAAAUAAAGUCAGUGCCUGCUUUUAAUAGAAAUCUUCAAUGACAUCAUAAAAAUCUGGGGCAUCUUUUUUUUUUGAAAAGGAUAGAAAUUGAUUGCAUUUGAUUAAUUGACAUUAUUUGAGAGUUCAUACAGUCAUUGCAGAUGUUGUACAUAUGCCAAAGGAAAACCCCCCAGGUAUCAAAACUGAAAAUCAAUAUUUAAACAACCCUUGAUUUUUAUUUGUUCUUCUGCUUAUUUUCAAGAUAAAUUGUCUUUUUUUCUUCUGGGUUUGCAGCUUCAUUUCACACUUUAAUCUGUGGGGAACUAAAAUAUCGAUACAAAAGAUGCAGUCCUUUGUAUCGCUGGUGGUGAUGGAUGUUUUCCUGAUCAAAAAUGUUGCUUUGUAGCUUAGUGUUUGAAAAUCAUACGCGCUUUCACAUGGUGGAAGGUGGUGGGAGAUUCUUUAUAGUUCAACUGAAGCUUCAACUUGAGAAAGAGAUUGUCCAAAAGAAGUGAGCACGUCACCUGGACAGAAAGUCUGGAGAUGCAAAAAAUGGCAAGUGAGGAAGAGGUUACCCGGUUAAAGGGACAUGUUGCAGAGCUGGAGGCCAUGCUAGCAGAAAGGCAGCACCACCUGGAACGUGUACAGGCAGAGGUGGAUGCACAAAGAAAGGCCAUAGACGAUCUGACCCUUCAGAAGUCAAAAGCAGAAUAUGAGGCACAGCAGUACCGUGUGGAGCUUGAGACGAUGGUGAAGGCCCGGGCUGCUGCAGAGCAGGAAGUUAGCCGGGCACGUCAAGAAGUCCAGCAGUCCGAGGCUAAGCGGGCUUCCUUGGAGGAGAGCUUGCGGAUGCUGAAGAAGAAUAUUGAAGAGAGCACUCUGGCCAGAAGGAAGCUGGAAGAUCACCUCAGGAGAAAGGACUGUAAUGUACAGGACUUGGAAGAACUCAGUCGAACCCUAGAGCGAGAGCUUAAGGCGAAAGAGGCGGUGGAGGCUAACCUUUUGAGUCAAGUACGAAUUAUGGAGAAGGACCUGGCCCAGCAGUCAGAAUCUAGGGGAACUCACAGUGAGUUUCAUGGAUCUGUUGUGAGGGACAGCAUCCAUCAGACAAGCUUCUCUAGCAGCAUUCAGCACCUGGGUUCAGGUAUGGACAGUGUGCUGCUGCAGAGGGACCAAGAGGCAAAGAAAUCUGAAGUACUUCAGUACAAAGUGGAAGAGCUGUCCAAGGGUAAAAUAAAGGCUGAGACAGAGGUCAAGACUCUGAAAUCUGAGCUGAACUCCGUGCUGGUGCAGAAAACCAUAGCAGAAGAGAAAAUUCAGCGUUUCAGGGACCUCUUAGAUGAAACAAAUAACAAAAUGAAAAAGCUCCAGAUUGACAUGGAUUCAGAAAGAAGCACCAACCGUCAAAAGUCAGAGGAGCUGAGGCAGGAAAUUACAGAGCUUAGGAAGUCAGUUUAUAUCUUUCAAGAACAAAUCAAAUCUUUGCAGAGAGAUAAGUCCUCACUGGAGCAGAAAGCCCUUUUCCACAAGACGGAGGUUGAGGGUUUAAAGGAACAACUGAAAAUGAAUCAGGGGAAGUUACUUCAAAAGAACUCUGUUGAACAAGAAAGCAGCAAAAAAAUUAGAAGCUUGGAGGAAGAUCUGGCUGCUAAGCAAGCUGAAGGAGAUCAGCUGAGAUUUACAAUCAAUGAACUGACAAGGGCAAAUGUUAAACUGGAAAAUGACAUCAAAAAUCUAAUGGUAAGUAUAGAUUCUUUACAGCAAGAAAAAUCAUUUUCAGAACAAAAGCUCAAAUCACACAAAGGAGAAGCAGAUAGUUUAAAAGGACUACUCCACAAAACCAAAGAAGAAUUUACCCUGAAAACAAAGUCACAACAAGAAACUCAAUUUAAAACUAAAGCUCUGGAGAUGGAACUAGACAAGAGCAAUCAGGUAGUUGCUCAGUUAAAAAAGAAUGUUGACGAACUGAAGAAAACCAAUCUGGAAACCGAGCAAUCUAUGAAGGCCCUGAAAUCAGAACUUGACAAGGUCACUAUGGAAAUGGGCAGCAAAGAUCAACAAAUAAAUAUAUAUAAAUCUCAAGCUGACAGCGCAAAAGUUCAGGUGAAAAUCAUUGAAGAAGAACUGUUAAAGAAAACCCAAAGUUUACAUGACCUUCAAAUUAAGUUGAGGGACUACAAUGAGGAAGUCAAGCAAACAUCAACUCUCCAAGAAAAAAAUAAAGCCCUGAACCUGACCAUAGCAAGCUAUGAAAAAGAUAUCAUGAAUCUGAAGUCUGAACUUAACUCUGCUGGCAUUGACAAGAAGAUUACUGAGCAGACUGUACAAGAGCAGAGAACUGAAAUAAAUGAUUUAAACCUUACAUUAAGGAAAGCAAUGGAAGAACUUAAGAAGGAGACUACAGAAGGUCAGAAAUGCAGUUUUAAAGUAAAGGAGCUAGAAAAUGAGCUUCAGAAAUCUAGACAGACAAUGAAAGGUAUGACUGAGAACAGUGACAAAGUCAUUGCAGAUCUCAAAAGGGAGAUUUCAGGUCUUCAGAAGGACAAGGCAAUUGCUGACAAGCAACUAUCAACUCUGAAGGCAGAAUUUGAAGGACUGAAUAGUUCUUUGAGGAGAACGACUGAGGAGUUACAAAAAGAAACCCAGCAGGGGAGGCUCCACCAGUCAAAAAUCAAAGAGUUGGAAGGGGAAGUUCAGAGGAACAAGUUAACGUUGAAAGAAGUGACCUCAAACUCGGACAAGUUUAUUUCCGGGUUUAAACAAGAAAUUUCUGUCCUUCAGAGGGAGAGAAGUUCUGCUGAAGAGAAAUCCCGCUCACUGACAUCAGAUAUCUCCCUUUUAAAGCAGAAACUAGAACAAACACAGGAGGAGGUCAAGCGGAAGCAGAAAGAAACUUUGGCUUCCCAGCUGAGAUCCCAAAAGCUGGAGGAGCAACUUGAGAACUGCAAACAAAUGCUGGAGGAGUUGAAGGGCAAACUUGACUUGCAGAAAAAGGGCUAUGAAAGACAACUAGAAUUGGUUGAGAAGGAGAUGGAACAGAAGCUGCUGAUGAAGGAAACCAGUGCAAAAUUUGAAUAUGAUAAGAAGUCAAGAGAGCAUUUGUAUAGCACAGAAACUGCUGAAAGAGAAACCAAAUUCCUGAGGCAGGAGAUAGAACAACUUAAGAUGUUCAACCAGAACACUCUGAAAUUGAAGCAGGAGGCAGAGCAGCAGUUAGAUGCACUUCGUUUAAAGGUUGAUCAAUUAGAAAAAGAAAAAAACGUUAUGAACCAAGAGCUAAUUAGCGCCAAAACUCGGAUUACUCAGUUAGAAACAGAGAAAAUUAAGUUUACAGCCAGUACUGUGCAGACAGACAAUAUACGAAAUGUGACGGCACAAGAGAAUGCAAAGCUUAAGCAAAAAUUGUCUGACACUGAGCAGAAGCUGCUCUUAAAGGAAAUGGAAGUGAGGUCCCUCAAUGAGCAAAGUGUAUCUUACGUUAAAGAAGUAAAAGGACUACAGGAAAAAAUUCUGAAGUUGGAGGUUGCCAUCAGCUCAGAAAACAAGAAGUUUAAGGAUAUGGAGUUGAUGAAUCAAAAAAAUCAUCAGUGUGCUAAAGAUGAAGAGGUUGCAAAACUGAAGAAUGAGUUAUUGGUUGCUAAAAGAAUGGUGCUGUCUGAUGAAGAAAUCAAGGCUAAACUCGAAGAAGAGCUAAGAAAACUGAAAAUUUCAUUGGAGAUAGUAACCAGAGAAAAGGAAAAAGCUGUCGAAGAACUGAGGGCAAAGCAAGAGAAGACGAACAUUUACAAUGAAACAAAAUUGCUAAAAAAUUUAAGCGGACCACUGGAACCUCAGGUCAAAAAUGUAGAGACUUCCAGUUACUCCCACUCCCAGUCAACCUCACUGGUCCACAUACUGAACAUAACUGAAAAAGAAGAUUACACAGGAACUACAAACACCACCUCAGCAUCUGAGGAAAGGUUAUCCAGUAAAGGCCAAAUGUCUACAUCCAACUCAAUUACUUAUAAUUUCAAAGACUUCCCUCCAGUUGUGAAAGAUGUGGUGAAAACAAAUGAAGUGGGACAAACUGACCAUCUAGAAAGUUUUCAGUUGCAGGGUCUUAGAAGGCGUGUGACUUUUAAACAUUUGGUCACAGCUAAAAUUCUCGACAUUGGCACCAUUCAAAAGUUAAAAUCGGGCCAGAUAACCUGGGAAGAGGUGGAGGCUCCUCUUUGUAGGUUCAUAGGAAAGACGUGUGCGAUUGCGGGUGUGUACUUGGAAUCAAGCAAGAAGAAGGUCUCUUUCAUGGAGGCAGCAGAGAAAGGCUUUAUAGCUAAAACAUAUGCAAUAGAAUUUCUCGAAGCACAAGCUGCUACUGGGUAUAUGAUAGACCAUGUAACAGGUACGACCUAUUCGGUCCUGGAUGCAGUUGGAAGAGGAGUGGUUGGCAAGGAACUGAAGGACAAGUUGCUUGAUGCUGAGAAAGCGGUGUGUGGCUAUGCCCACAGUGGCAAGAUAUUGUCUGUGUUCCAAGCAAUGGAGGAAAGAAUACUUGAUAGACACAAAGGGCGAAAGAUCCUUGAGGCUCAGAUUGCCACUGGUGGACUGAUAGAUCCACAGAGCGGCUUAAGACUAUCACCGAACAUUGCACUCGAUCUGGGCAUCUUGAACAGAGCCACCUUACAAAGUCUGUAUGAACCAGUAACCAAUCCUAAAGGGUUCCACAGCAUAGAAACAGGCCAGAAAGCUUACUACUGCGAGUUGCUCAAAAUGUGUGUGUACGAUGUUGAUGGCGGCGUAUUCCUUUUGCCCUUUGGCGAUCGACAUCUUUCAAAUAUCACCCCCUCUAGCACACACCGAGUUUCAGUUAUCAACAGCAACACUGGUGCAGAAAUGUCGACAAUUGAGGCAUAUCAGACCAAAUGUAUUGACAAGAGGACCUAUCUCUUUUUGUCACAGCAGGAGACUGAAUGGAAGGAAAGUGAAGUAGUAGACUCCAGCAGAGGAAUGUUGCAUGUUUUGACAGACGUCAGAAGUGGCCGGCAGUUCUUCAUUGAACAUGCCCUAAGUUUAAAGAUGCUGGAUAAAACGGAUCUGGAAAAAUACCGGUUGGGGGUCCUAAGCAUUAAUGAGUUUGCAGACCUCUUGAUCUCGAGGAACACCGUCUUUGAAGAUCCCCACUCCCCUAUAUCUGGGCUGUGGGACAUCAGUCUGAAAUCAAGGGUUUCCAUAUUCAAAGGAUUCCAGCAGAAUCUUUUGGACAGGCUUACUGCAGUGAGGCUGCUAGAGGCUCAAACAUGCACUGGUGGGAUCUGUGAUCCAUGCACAGGAGAAAAACUGAAGGUCACUGAAGCUGUCCGAAAAGGGCUUCUGGAUGACACAUUGGCCCGCCAACUCUCACAGUUUGAGCAGGCUUAUAAUGGAAUCGUCCACCCGCAAACUGGGAAGGUCCUCACUGUGGCUCAGGCUGUGCAGCAGAACCUUUUCCCCAGAGACAUGGCACUCAGAUGCUUGGAAUUCCAGUCUCUAACAGGAGGGCUGAUCCACCCGCAGACUCAUUAUAGAGUCCAGUUGGAAGAAGCUGUCCGAAGUGGAUUGAUCGAUGAGGCUACUCUCUCGCAAGUGAAAGAUGAGAAAUCUCAUGCGAAAAGUCUAACCUGCCCAAGGACAAAAAGGAAAAUUUCCUUUAAGGAAGCUUUGGAACGAGGGGUCUAUGACAGCCACACCGGUCUCAAACUCAUUGAGGCAACUAAACCUUAUUCUGUUGGUGGUGCCUCAUCAUUUCAGUAUUUUUGGAUGUAUUGAUUGAGUACAAAUAACAUCGUAAUGGUUUGGUUUUCCACUAUUGUAACAAUUACGUCGGACUAUAACUGUGGGUCAAAUGAAAAUGUAAAUAAAGUAAAUGUUGGUCGCUUUGUGUUGUAAACAUGUAUUGCUGCAGCACAUAACUAAUUACAAUAGUGGUUUAUGUGUUCUGCUGUGAUUUUCUUUUUACUAAAUUUCAUAUCAGUUUUAUUUUAGUCCAUGUAAUCACUGUUUUGUUUUCAUGUAAUCUUUUUCAAAUCAAUUGCCAAUGCUAUUCUCAGUUAUCACUUUCACACAAAAGAUUAAGCUAUAUUGGUCUAAUCGUGGCUACUGGCUGGGCGGUUUACUUUUUAAAUCCUUAUAUGUAUAGGGUGGAGGGUUACCACGUUACUUUUUUUUUCUUUUUUUUUUUUUUUUUUUUUUUUUGUGAGGUGGAUUGAUUUAACAGACAUUGUGACUUUCUUUCCCCUGAAUCCCAGAAAUCUGUUGAGGAAGAGAAGAGAGAGCAUGGUGACAAGGUUAGCAAGUUAU